CUCUCACCUACACAUUCAACGCUCCCCCAAAGAAACCAAUCUUGACUUGACAGAAGAAGUACCACGAACACAGAGCGUUGCAGUCACUGCGAGCAGAUACCACUCCACUUUUCAUCGAAUUGAUUACUUCCUCGUUGUGUGGCACGUAAUAAUUGGACACAUUCUGGGUGCCAGCUCGUAGAUCUACGCACAUCCGGAGUAGUAUAGAAUCUAGCGAUGUGGAAACGGUGUGAUUUGGCGCUUCUUUCGCUUGGAGUGAUACUGCUUUCUAACCAGAUCUCCCAGGCCAAUGCUCUGCUGAAGCGGUGCUAUCAAUGCAGAUCGCGAGGCGAACUCGGCAGCUGCAAGGAUCCAUUCACAUUCAAUGCAACACAGGCAGAGAACGAACGGGGCGUGACGGCCGUUCCAUGCGCCUCCGGUUGGUGCGGGAAGGUGAUCGAGGGCCAAGGAUCCUUCCGGGAGGAUGAUUACGAUAUGGCGACGCAGCGUAUGUGCGUUCAAAGAGGUCCAUCGGAUUCGGAAGAUCGGUGCGCCUAUACCGUGUACAACUACAAGAAGGUCUACAUGUGCUUCUGCCAAGGUGAUCUGUGCAAUGGUGAUUCGCGAAUGUCCACAAAUGCUGCAAUGAUGGCGGCAACGGUGAUCAGUGUCCUGGUCACGGUGUUGAGAUUUCAUUGACUUAGGUGCAACCAUCAGUAAGUUGAAAAAUCGCAAAAAUUAAAACCGUACUCAUUGCAAAUUGCGUACAGAAGGGAUUGUAAAAUGUUCAUAUACAUAUAUUUAUUUCUAAUGUUUUCUAGAACUAAAUAAACGAUUCAAAAAGGAGGUAUUAUUAUUAUCAAGGCUGAUCAA